UAAACCAGCCAAACUUUUGCUCAACUUGAACGUCUUACUUAGGAAGGAGAUGCCGCAGCAGCUCCGGCUGAGGGCGCUCCAGCUACACCAGCAGAAGGUGCGCCCCCAGCUGAAGGCGCUCCUCCAGCGGAAGGAGUCGCGCCCACACCUCCAGCAGAAGGGGCCCCUCCAGCGGAGGGCGCCCCCGCAGCGCCGGCGGAAGGGGCCCCGGCAGCACCUCCAGCAGAAGGUGCCCCACCUGCGGAAGGUGCCCCUGCGGCAGAGGGCGCCCCACCCGCAGAAGGCGCUCCCGCCGCACCCCCAGCAGAAGGAACCGCUCCUUCUACGGAAGGGGCUCCAGCAGCGCCACCGGCAGAAGGCGCACCACCGGCAGAGGUCGCCCCUGCCCCACCUGCAGAAGGAGCUCCUGCGGAUGCGCCAGCGCCAGAGGCUGCGCCUGCGGAAGCUGCUCCAGAGCCCGCUCCCGCGCCGGAGGCGGCGCCGGCACCAGUCGAAGCAUCCGCCUAAAGCAACUCAGCUAGCACUUGAUGACAUCAAAUACAUCAUACACAUCAGUGAUUUUAUCAAAAAACGUAUUUAUUACAUGAUAGGAUCUUUUCUACCGUACAGUCCGUACAUCAUUGACAUUUGUAAAUACAUUUUCUAUAAAUAAAUU